AUGCGGAAACUCUUGCACUUCCAGCCUCGAGAUUACAUGGAAGCCUCGACCUCUCAACUCUACCAACAACAAGCAUAUUCAGCGCCAAAGCCUGAGCAUCGACAGCCCAGUCGAUUUCGUAAGUUGACUUUUUUUUGAAAAACUUUUUUGGCUUCAUUGUAAGGAAGCCAGAAUAUAUACAUUAACUAGAUUAUAUCAAUAUUUUUUUAUUUCAUAGAUCAAAAAAUGAUGUUUAAAAAUAAAAAAAAAAAAUAAAAAUAAAAUAAAAAAAAUAAUUUUUUUUUUAUUUUUAUUUUUGUGUAAAAAAUUUUUUUUUUAAAUCUCCUAUAUUACCCUAUAAUAUGUCAUAAUUUCCAUUUCUAGAUUAUACUAAUAUUUUUUUAUUUCAAAGAUAAAAAAACGAUGUUUUAAAUAAAAAAAAAAAACAAAAAAAUAUAAAAAAUUUUUUAUUUUCGUGUAAAAAAAAUUUUUUUAACCUCCUAUAUUAUCCUAAAAUAUGUCAUAAUCGCCAUUUCUAGAUUAUACUAAUAUUUUAAAUAAAAAAAAAAUUAAAAAGUUUUUUAUUUUUUUGUAAAAAAAAUUUUUUUUUAACCCCCCAUAUUACCCUAAAAAAUGUCAUAAUUACCAUUUCAUCACGGUGGUUACGAAAAAAAAGCCUCCGAAUUCCGGCGCAUUAGGGAUUAAUUUUACAGAAAAUUAAGCCGAUUUGGCCAUGAGAAGCCACUAAUUUUAGCGAUGCCCACCGUUUGCACCAAAUAAUUCCAUUUUUAUUCAAAAUCUUUUCUCGAGUACGUCCCUUCCGGAUUCUUUGGAUAAUUAUUCUUGUAGGAUUCGUUGACAAAUGGAAGGUAAAUUUGAAAUUGGGAAAUUGUAAAGAUUUUCUUUUAUGGUUUCUGCAAAGCGCGCGUAAAUUUUUUUAAAUGGGUUUUAGAGAUUUGAAGUUUUAAAAAAUUUUUGAUUUGUGGGUAAUUUUAUCAAAAAUGUAAAUUGAAAUAUUUAAUAUUAUUUUUUUAUUUUAAAAUUUUUUUAUGUUUCAAAUUUUAAAAAAAAUUGCGAAUUUUUUAUAAAUUUUAUUUUUACGGAAUUUUAUCAAAAUUUUAAUUAAAAUAUUUAAUAUUUAAUAUUAAUUUUCAAUUUUCUUUAACGUUUGAAAAAGAUUUAAAAAACCAAAAAAUCCGAAGAAAUAUGUUUUUCAAUUUUUCUGAUUUUUUGAAAUUUAAAAAUAUUAAAUUUUUCCGAUGUCUAUGUCAAAAAUCAGAACAAAUAUAUUUUUUAAUUUUUUGAAAUUAAAAAAAAAAUAAAAAAAAAUAAAAAAUUUUCUGAUGAUUUAUCCAGAAAUAAAAAAAAACUAUUUUAAAAUCUCUAAUUUGUUUUUUUCAAUUUUUCUGAUUUUUUUUAAUGUAAAAAUAUUAAAUUUUUCCGAUGUCUAUGUCACAAAUCAAAAAAAAAACUAUUUUUAAAAUUUCUUGAAAAAAAAUAAAAAUUUAAGAAAAUCAAAAAAAAAUAAAAAUAAAAUUAAAGAAUGAAAAAUUUUCUGAUGUUUGACCCAAAAAUAAAAAAAAAAUUAUUUUAAAAUCUCUAAUUUAUCAUUUUUUUCAGCCAAAUCAAAUGAACCCCCACACGCCUUCGAGAACAGCCCCCGAUCCCUCAGCGAGGCCAAACUCCAUCCCCCUCGUGCGUCGAGUGCUUCAGUUAUUGUGUUCGCAUUCGCGUUAAGCGGAAUCGUCCUGAUCUUUUUGCUGUUCUACUUCUUGGCGAGGAUUUGUUCGCCCAAAUCGGAUGAAGACCUCAAGGAAAUUGAAUCAAGUCGAAACGAUUCGAAACAAACGUUCGGGAAGAAAUCAAGUGAGUUUUUAAAUUUUUAUUGAACAUGAAUAAUGCGUCAUGUUUUUGAAUAUUUAUGACGUCAUUUUUAGAGAAAAUUCAAAAAAAUGAUUUUUCUGCACUGUGCAGUAAAAAAUUCAAUUCAAAUUUCCAAAAAAUCUCAAAAAAAAAAAAAAAAAAAAAAAAAAAUCUCCUAGCUGAGCCAGAAGGCUUGACAAACCGCGGAUUAGCAUUUUUGUGUCAGCGGAAUCUCUUUUUGUCAUCAAAAUUUGAGCCCCGUGACUCAUUUUAUUGGAUUUCCGUUGAUAAAAAAUGGAUUAUCUUAGAGCCAAAAAGCCGGUAAGACUAUUAUUUUUAUUGUCUUCCGGCCAUCCUCCACACGUACCAUUAAUUUUUCCACAUUUCUGAACUUUUUUACAAUCCAAUUUUAGUCCCGACUGGAAACCCUGAUUUUUUGGCAUUCUGUUUUAACCCCAUUUUCAACCUUCGGAGGCUUCAUUUAACCCCAAAAUUUGCUUUUUUUUAGUUUUAUUAGCAUGAACUAUUGGUCCCGGAUGGAAAACCUGAUUUUUUGGCAUUCUGUUUUAACCCCAUUUUCAACCCUCGGAGGCUUCAUUUAACCCCAAAAUUUGCUUUUUUCGAGUUUUUAGCAUGAAUUGUUUGUCCCGACUGGAAACCCUGAUUUUUUGGCAUUCUGUUUUAACCUCAUUUUCAGCCCUCGAAGGCUUCAUUUAAUCCCAAAAUUUGCUUUUUUCGAGUCAAAUGUUUCCUUAGCAUGAAUUAUAAAACAAUUCCUCAAAGUUCCCCGCAGCUAAUCUCUAGUCCAACAUAAAAAUCUCGACUUCCCAAAACUAACAUUUCGGAGCGCCGGGAUUAGCUGGUUAGGGUCUUCGAAAUGCACGUCUUGACGUAAUUCUGACCUGCCCUUCUCGGUGAGGAUUAGCUUCGUUCGAAAAUAUUGGCUGCAAAAUUUUCGGAUUCCCCUUCACACAUUGUGUGGUAAAUUGUGAAAAAACGGAAGGUAGAAGCCAAAAUUAAUUUCGAAUUAGCGGCUGCGAUGGAAGAAGGCAACUCCAGCGGCCCAGAGAUUACCCAUUUUUUGAGUUCCGUUUUCCGGUAAUCCCAACAAUCGAGUGGUAAUCGGGCCGGGUAUUUACGUCGACGAGGGACAAAGGAACCCGAAAAAUUGCAAAUCUCGAAGAGGAAUUACCUUGGGGCUCAAAUUUUUUGGACUUUUGGACUUUGAAUUGCCGGAGAGAAAGUUUGGAGGAGAUAAAAAGUAUAUUUUUUUUCUUUUCACAUUUCCAUAUUUUCGCAAGAUACUCUUACAGUAGGGGAGCUUUUCCAGUGCCAAAAAACCUGUCAUUUUGCAUCCAAGAAGCAUUAAAAAAUGUGGCAAAGUACCUCCCUUUGAAAGUGAAAAAAUCCAGUUUCAACAGCGCGACCGCUCUUUUUGUGAGGGCGUCUAUUUCAACCUUAUUUUCAAGCCUCUGAGGCUUUAUUUAACCCCAAAGCUUGCUUUUUUUGAGUUUUAUUAGCAUGAACUAUUGGUCCCGGAUGGAAAUCCUGAUUUUUUGGCAUUCUGUUUUAACCUCAUUUUCAGCCCUCGGAGGCUUCAUUUAAUCCCAAAAUUUGCUUUUUUCGAGUUUUCUUAGCAUGAAUUGUUUGUCCCGACUGGAAACCCUGAUUUUUGGCAUUCUGUUUUAACCUCAUUUUCAGCCCUCGGAGGCUUCAUUUAAUUAUAAAAUUUACUUUUUUCGAGUCAAAUGUUUCCCUUUCGAGUCAAAUGUUUCCUCCUCCACUGUACUCCUCUUAUUGAAUUGAUGUAUACAAUUCUGGUACUAAGAAUCGCCAUCUAGACUCUUACUGUAACUUCUAAGUGUCUUGACCCCUCAACCCUCAGAUAAUCCGGGAUUUUUGCCGAACGGAAAUCCCAUAAAAAAUGAGUCAUUAAAUCCAAUAACGGAGAUACAGAAGCUCUAAUCCCUCAACUUUUGUGAGCCGUCUGAGUCAGCAAAGAGGAAACAUUUUUUCGACAAUUCGUCAUGAUUUUGAAGUUCACAACGGAAGUGCUCCAUGUGCGACAGAUUUUGAUGAAACUUGGGUCAAAUUAAGGAAAAUUAUUUUUUCGACAUAUGCGAGUUUUAGUUCGCGUUUUGCAGAAAUCACCGAGAUUUUUACCUCAAAAGUUGGCAAAAAAUGAAAGUUUUUUUUUGAAUUUUGCCAUGAAAAGUUAAAUGUCUAUUUCUGGAGUUGAGGGUAAUGUUUCCACAAAAAAUCAAUUUUUUCCGCAAGAAACUGGCAAAGAUAUGGCCAAAAAACGAUUGCUUUUCUCUGACCGCUCUCCGCCUUUUGUGUACUCUCUCGUCGGAGCGCUAAAUAUCUCGGCUGCCUCUUGAAAACGCGAGCUAAAACUUUCAGGAAUUGAUAUAUGGGCUAUUCCCAAAAUGUGAGCAAAAUUUUGAGAAAUUUUUUUGACUUUACUGUGUAAAAAAUAAAAUUUUUUUUUUCAAAAACAUUCAAAAUUGCUUUUUUACUCUUUUGCCCUUAUCCCAACGCCUUAACUUUUUAAUUUUCAGCCGCUGACAGCCCCCGUCACGUCCUCUACCCCAAGCGGAUAUAUGAGAUCCAGGCGGAAGAGGGCUACUACUCCUCGCUGCCAUCAAUCACCCCCUCCGACACCUCCACAUGCAAUACGGUGGUCGUGUUGAAGCCGAGUGGCGGCGUCGAGACCAAGAAGCGAGUCCAACGAGAGCGCAGCUUCAGCCUGCUGCUGAGGAAACUGACAACGUCGUCGGCGCCGUUCGACGUGGAGCCGAGCAGGAACCGGUGCGAAAGGGUCGCGGAUCAUGUAUAG